AUGCGACGUCAAGGACCAGCUGCAAGAGUGCCUGUUGAUCCUGAGAUAGAGAAGACUUGUCGGCAAAACAGAAAAAACAAAAGGUUGGAAAGAGUUGCACAGAGGAUUGAGCAAGAGGAAGUUAUGGCCAACUACGGUAAUAAUGGGGGUGCCAUAGAAGACCCAGCUAAUGGUCAGAAUCCACCCGACCGUAGCCUGAGGGAUUAUGUUUUGCCAACAAUGACAGGGGUCCAGUCUUGUAUAAGACCACCCACCGUAGAUGCAAACAAUUUUGAAAUAAAGCCAGCCAUACUUCAGAUGGUUCAAUCCACAGUCCAGUUUGGGGGACUACCCACUGAAGACCCAAACAUGCAUCUCUCUAACUUCAUGGAGCUCUGUCAGACAUUUAAGAUGAACGGAGUUAGUGAUGAUGCUAUCAGACUGAGAUUGUUCCCAUUUUCUCUGAGGGAGCGAGCUAAGAGUUGGUUGGUAUCUUUGCCACCUAACUCAAUCAAUACCUGGAAUGAUCUAGCACUGAAGUUCCUCUCCAAGUUUUUCCCUCCAGCUAAAGCAGCUAAGUUGAGAGGAGAGAUCAAUAAUUUUUCUCAGUUGGAUAAUGAGUCUCUUUAUGAAGCUUGGGAGAGAUUCAAAGAAUUGAUAAGAAAGUGCCCGCAUCACGGAAUAGAGAAAUGGAUGCUAGUCCAUAAUUUUUAUAAUGGGUUGUGUGGUACUACUCGCACACUCAUUGAUGCAGCAGCUGGUGAAAUGGCCAUGAAUAAUCAGCAGUGGCCAAGUGAAAGAAGUUCUUCAAGGAAAGUGGCCGGUAUGUAUGAAGUGGAUGCAAUUUCAAAAUUGACCGCUCAAGUUGAGGCCUUGACUAAGCAAUUGCAAGGCAAUGUGAUAACAGCUCCAGUGCAACAGGCCCAGACUUUGUGUGAAAUAUGUGGGGGUCCUCAUGCCUAUGAACAGUGUCAGUAUGCUGAUGUAAACAACAUGCCAAUGGAGCAGGCUCAGGCUAUUGGGAAUUUUCCUCGACAGAACAACAACAACCCUUACUCCACCUCCUUUAAUCAAGGGUGGAGGAAUCAUCCCAACUUCUCUUGGAAGAAUGAUCAGCAAGGCCAAUCUUCAAGCCAACAACAGUCGUUCCAACAACAGCCACAGGGGUUCUUUCAGCCAAGAUUUAGACAGCAGCAACAACCCCAACCGCCCACUCAUCAUCAGCAGCAACAAAAUUCUGGUGGAAAUUCUAAUGCUCAGUCAGAUGUGUUAAACCAAUUCAUGGCUGAAACUCGGUCUUCUAUUCGAAAUUUGGAGACCCAAAUGGGACAAUUGGCUACUCUCAUGGCUAAUCGUGCCCAAGGUAACUUGCCUAGCACCACAGAAGUCAAUCCGAAAGAGAAUUGCAAGGCAAUCACGUUGAGAAGUGGGAAGAACUAUGAGGGACCAAGUGAGAAGCAGCCAGUUGAAGAAGUGGGUCAGGAUCAACAGGCAUAG